AUGCCACACUGCCAUGACGCAGACACGCAAACCUCCUGCAUCCUCCUCCUCCUCCUCCUCCUCCUCCACCUCCUCAUACUCCACAUCCACCUCCACCUCUACUUACGCCAAAAUAGACACACCGUCCUACUAGUACUCGUAAUCGUCCUCCUUCUACUUCUUCCCAUCAUCCUACUACUACUCAUCUUCCCCCUGACCCUGCUCAUGCUCCACAACCACCACGCACACCACCACAAACACCAGCACCAACAACACCACCACCCACUCCUCCUCCUCCUCCUCCUCCUCCUCCUCCUCCUCCUCAACCUCCUGCUCCUCCUCCUCCUCCUGCUCCUCAUCCUCCUCACAAUCAUCUCUCCCUCCUUCUUGUUAUGGGCCGUUAUGCCUACAACCUGGCACGUAACCGACCGCCAUCAACACCUCCGCUACCGACAAGCAGGCUGGGCUCACGGCUACAGCAUAUUCUGCAUAGUCCACCCACCUCCACUAAACAGCACAGCCGUAGGCGUUGUUGCAGUCGUAGCCACUGCCAGCACUUAG